AUGGAAGUGUCUGCAGCGAACCCAGCCUCGCUCAGGGUCGCUUUUGAGGGUUGCGGACACGGUCGACUUGAUGACAUCUACGACUCUGUCACAAGGUCAGCUACUCGAAGGGGCUGGGAUGGCGUCGAUCUGGUGGUGAUCGGAGGUGACUUUCAAGCCGUCCGCAACUCAAAUGAUCUCGCUUGUAUGUCAGUGCCUCAGAAAUACAAGGCGAUUGGCGACUUCCAUGAAUACUACAGCGGAAAGAAGACCGCCCCUUACUUGACCAUCUUCAUUGGAGGUAACCAUGAAGCAAGCAACUAUCUGUUCGAGCUUUACUACGGUGGUUGGGUGGCACCCAAUAUCUAUUACUUGGGGGCAGCAAAUGUCAUCCGUUGUGGCCCUCUUCGCAUUGCAGGCUUGUCGGGCAUCUGGAAAGGUUACGACUACCGAAAGCCACAUUUUGAGCGCCUUCCCUACAACAAUGAUGACGUGCAGAGCAUUUAUCAUGUGAGAGAGUUAGAUGUACGCAAGCUUCUGCAGAUUCGUACUCAGGUCGACCUCGGCCUGUCUCAUGACUGGCCCAACCGAGUUGAGCUUUGCGGUGACCACGAGACGCUUUUCGCAAAGAAGCACGGCUUCCGAGAAGAUUCUAACAACGGCCGACUUGGAAGCAUUGCCGCCAGAUUUGUUCUUGACCGUCUGCGCCCUGCCUUCUGGUUCUCAGCCCACUUGCAUGUGAAAUUUAAUGCGGUGGUUCAACAUGGGGACAACUUACAGCCAGACUCUCUCGGUCCAACAAGACAUAUUGCGUCUUCUCAGAGAACCUCUUCCAACGCAUCUACUCUCACAACCUCUUUUGGGAUGGACGGUGCCGCUGUCACCUCGCUCGUACUCGGUGAUGAAGACAUGCCGACCGAGCAGGCCCAGGUCCCACAUAAUUUUUCUGAGAACAAGGGGCAUGCCGCCAACACCCUUGGAGAAGACGAGCGCCUUGAAGAGCCUCCAAGGGAACUACCUACCGCUCAAGCCACCCAACAGAGCAACCUCGUUGGCUUGGCCCGUACCAGUUCACCGCUUAAACGCGUUCACGACGAUAACCAAAGCCGAAUUUCGGCGUGGAAUAACUUUCAUGCAGUGGCUGCAAGAGACGAAGCAGCGGAAAAUGCUCCUCGCUUGGAAGAAUCACAAGAUAACUCAGCCUCACAACUGCCCCAUAGUCUUACCUGGCGCAAGAUAAGCGUCGACGAGGAUGAUCCGGUGCGAAAGGUCACGACAGUUGAGAAACCUGCUGACGAGAACGAAUCGGAAACCAAGAAGCAGAAGACAGGCCAUGCCGUGAGCGCUACAAAGAAUUCCGACGAGAUCCCGCUCGACCUCGAUAGUGAUUCCGAUCAGGGAAUAUCUACGACGGCUGAGACCCAGGGAGCAACUCAGAAGCAGAACGCAGUUGUUACCCAACCUGCCGCCCCAGAUGUUACUGGUGAAUCAAAGCUUUCAGGCACCACCCAACAGGACAAGCCUCAGGUUAGAAGUCUAGACUCUCAAGACGUUCGUAAUCUCCUUCCCACCAGCUUCUCUCAACCCGAAAGUUUUGUGUCUCAGGACGUUCGCAACCAACUUCCCGCUAGCUUUUCUCGGGUAGACUGUCCAGUCUCCCAAGAUGUUCGUAACCAGCUCCCUUCAAGCUUCUCACGUCCUCAAGCCACACCAAAACUCGAUCCGUCCGUCAGUGAACCUGUUCCAGAAACAAUCACCAAUAAGACCACACGGUUCCUCGCAUUGGACAAGUGUGAACCAAAGCGCCAUUUCCUCGAAUUGCUCGAGAUUCCGAUUGUUUCCGAGCAGAAUGGUAGCCAGCGCACCCGUCCUUUCCGUCUUGAAUAUGACAAAGAGUGGCUAGCUAUCACUCGUGUCUUUGCCGACGAGCUGCAGCUGGGCGAUCUCGCCGUGCAAAUGCAGCCGGACCGUGGCCAGGCAUUCUACAAACCCCUUAUCGAAGAGGCGGAGCAGUGGGUUGAAGAAAAUGUCGUCAAGGCUGGCAAGAUGAUGGUUCCAGAGAACUUCACCCCCACUGCACCUUUCUUCGAUCCCGCCGUCCCUAUCACGACCGACGAGUUGCCCCCUGAAUUCACCAACCCCCAGACUGCUCAGUUCUGCGAACUCAUCGGAAUCGAAAACAAGUUCCACCUGUCGGACGAGGAACGCCAAGCAAGGGUUGAGGCUGGCCCUCGCCCCAACAAGCCCAAGCCCGAAGGUGGCUGGAACCGUGGCCGCCGUCGUAACUAUAACAAUAACAACCGCGGCGGCGGUAGUCAGUGGUGGGGAAGAGGAGCAGGGCGCGAUCGGGGACGAAGUGGUGGUAAUCAGCGCUGGUAA